CCUCUCUCGAUUCCUCUCAGAUCAAUAUCGAUGGAAUAUCGAAUAUCGAUAGCACGUGUUUUGUUUUGAUUGCAAUUUGCAUCUUAACUAAAUUCUCCGGUUCUCCAGUUCAGAUCAGUUCACAGUUCACUUUGUCUGACUUUCUUGUUUUAGUUUUAUUUUUCAUUAUCCUGCCAUGUGAAGCAGCGACGGCUCUUCGUAGUUCAUAGUCCUCAUCUGCAAAAUUUCAUCGUCACGUGUAGUCUAAUGAUUUCAUGUAAGUAAACUAUCAAUCAUGGAUGGAAUGAAUCAGAGAAGCCCGUCUCGUGGAUAUUUUUCCAUAUUACUGGAAGAAAUAGCUUUGGAGGGUCUGGAUGGAAUUACCUUAGAUGUAUUAUGGAUUAGAUUAAAAAAUAAUCCCGAGUGGUGUUUGAAACCAAUUGACCACAACAUACAAGAAUUUAUCUGGAGAAAAUUGAAAACCUUGGAAGAUGUUCGAUGGUACAAUAUUAAGCAACCUCGUAAAACUCCUCCAAUUUUUAAAUACUUCGAUGAAUUCGUUGCUGCCGCAGAAAAAGGUGAUAUUCAGAUUACUACUUACUCAUCGGCUUGUUAUCCUCAUCACUUGAUUCGCGACGGAGAUAUUGUCGGUUCAUGCGCAACCUAUGAAGAGCGAAUUGAUGUUACGAGUGAAGUGCAAAAAAUGGAUCUAACUGAAGCUAAUGAACGGUAUCCAUAUCAGUUGGUUAUUGUAGCGAAUCAAGAUGUAAGAAAUCAUUUCUUACUUACUAGUAGCCUCAAUCCAGAGGCAGACGUAGCAGACAUAUCUUACUGCAUUUUGGAACGAAUUGGAAGAGCUCGCCGCUGUGGAGAAGUAUCCUGUGGAAUACAAUUUCUUAGAAAUGGAGCAAACCCAACAUUUUACUUUUGGAACAAACUAAGAAAGUUGGGAUUAGUAACAUCUCAAACGACGAACUUCUCAUCUAGAUUAUCCAACAAUACACUAUUUCAUUUACCAAAGUACCAUAGAUCAUAUGUCAGCGAAACCACCAAUGCUGUAUAUAGAGUUGUUAAUGCGAUAAAAUCUUCGCCUAAUAAAUGUUUACCUGUGUUAGAUGUCAAAGCGAUGUUCCCUAACGAGGGACGAAAAGCGACGAAGUCUGACCUAUUCCGACGUUUUUUAAAAAUAGAAACUAUUCCAUAUAAAGAAUGUUAUCCGGACUCUUCAGAUUCAGAUUGCAUUACAAAGAGCGGCGGUGUCAAAGUUGUAAGAGUAGUAAAACUUAAAGAUGAAAGUAUCGAUCCACAGAGUGUUCUUUAUCCAUCAGAACCUGACAAUGAAAAUGAGAUGAAAGGUAUCUUAGAAGGAGCUCGGCUAGCCAACAGACCUCUUGCUGUGCAGUGCUAUAAAUACUUUCACGAAAGAGGUGUCGAAGGAACAACGUUAAUGGAAAUCGGAGCAGUGUUGGGAUUGAAUAAACUCAAUUCCAGAUUAUUGGUGAAUACUUUGAAAAAACUUGAUUUUGUUACCAGAUUGUAUUUUGAUAAUGGACGUCAGCGGUAUUAUAGGUACUAUUUGAAAGAACUAGAAAUGCAAGUUGGUGAUCGCUUGAAAAAUCAACUUGGAGAUUCAUUUACUAUGAGCAAUGAAAAUUCUCCUGAAAAGAAUACUGCUUCCAAUGAAAUAUCCAUAACAAAAGCUGUAGAAAAGGCAAGCGAAGUUGAAAAAAAAUCAAAAAAAGUUAAUGAUGCUGAGGAUUCAAAUGCUAUGGAAGUGCCUGAAGCUUCUGCUAAGUCAAAUGCUAUGGAAGUGCCUGGAGCUUCUGCUAAGAGAAAAGCUUCUGAAGAAGCUGGCGAAUCGUCUAAUCCUAAAAGAAAACGUGGGCCGGCUUCGCAUAAUGCUUCUGAAACAUCAAAAAAUAACCCAAAAAAACCAUCUGUAAAACGCCUCUCUAUUGAAGGAAACGUUUGUUGGCUUCGUCGCACGAAUAUUAUUUUAGAAUAUUUGUACAAACAUCAGGUUACCACGAGAUCGGAUAUAUUGAGGCUUAUUAAAGAAGAAGAAACGAAAUUGGGAGUAUCUACGGGUACUCCUUGCGCGAAAUCGAUUAAAAAAAUCGUAUCCAUGCUCAAUCAUAAAAAUAAAUUGAAAGAAAUUCACAAAGUGAUCGUUGAAGAACGAUUGAAUAAAAAAAGAGAAGUUUUUUUCGUAUGUGCUCCAAACGUUACAGAAGAUCAUCCGAUUAUACAAACGCAUUUAACAAACAUUAAAAAGAAUUUAUCUAUAAUACACUUGAAAUCAUCAGUGGUCUGCUCGGAGAAAAAGUUACAAGAAAUUCGAUCCAAAUUCUCCAGACAAUUUCGUUGCAAGGAAAAUGAUUCAAAAUAUGGAAUGGCUCCGAAAUUCGCGAGGAUGAGAAUCCUUCACGAAUUUCUCAUCUCUUUGGUAUACCAUUACGAGGGCGAUGAAAAUCUAAAUCCGGAGGAUUGUAAUAAUUACAUAAAGAGUUUCUGUUCUGAUUUUGACGAAGGCGAGGAAAUACCGAAAGUCUACUUUAAAGAAAUAUCUUCUCGAAUGUUUAUUCCGCCUCUAACAAAAUACGAGGAAUAUAGCGAUGGAUGGACUUCUGUGAACGAUAUUGCAGAAAGAAUUCCUUUGAAGAUGAUGUUUUCAUUAGUUAGAUUUAGUUACUUAGUUCCUGGGAUCGACGCGUAUUUGAAACAUCCUGUGAAGCAGUUCUAUUUAUUACGGCAUCUACCUUAUGAUAUUCAACAGAUACUCACCGCUGAUAAAAAGUACAUUUCGUCGAUUUAUGCGGAUCUAAAGAAUUUAUGUUUGAUUGGUUUAGCUCAGUUGGGUCCUAGAAUUGAAGGCCGUGGAAGUCUGAAUUUGGUUUAUAUGAACAAAAAAACCGAGUUAGUUGAUACCAGACCGUGUCCACCGACGUAUUUCCAAAUAUAUCCCCAGUUGAAUUACAUGAAAUACGAUUAUGAUUUUGUUGAAUCGAAAAAUACCGAAGAAUAUUGGAACGAUGCGUUUAGAUUUUGUGUUGCUACACGAUUAUGUCGUAAGCUUUCAGCCACUAAUUUGGCUGUAAAAGGUAGAAAAAUGAAACCCGAAUUACUGAUUUAUUUAUCCGAACAUCCGAUCAAUGAAGCAUCUCGUUACGAUACCGGUAAAAUUCCUGGAGAUGGUUUAGGAGCAGCGGGAUACGAUUCGUCAUUAUUUUCACAUUUUUUCAAGCAAUGGUUUCCUACUAAUAACGAGAAAGUGACUCCUGCUCCAACGAUUUCAAAAGUUGUUCCGAAGCAGAUGCGUUUAAAAAAUAAUACGCAAUUGAAACGAAUGAGAGUUACAUUCUCAAAAAGGAGACACAAAAAGAAGUGUGUUGCCGAAUCAUAUGACAAAACGGAUCUGGAAGCGUUGGAAAAAAUGAAAACAUUACGCGCAACGUGGUCUAAAAACGAAGAUGAAAUAUUAACAAUGUGUUAUAUCGCCUGUCAAUAUUAUAAGCCUCGUAGUAUUACGUAUUCUCUCGGACCAGUGUACCGCAGAUUGUUACAUGAAAAGUCAGAGGUAUCUUCUUCGAAAACCAGCAUAGCAUGUGCUCGAAGGAUUGUGAACAUGAUGAAAAACCCUUAUCGUCGGCACAACACUCAAUUAAUGCUACAAGAUGUAUUGCGCGAUGAGGUAUUGAAGAAAAACGUCCAAAAUAUUAUUGAGGAAAUAAACGCCAACAUCGAUCCCAAAGAUUCUUCGCGAUGCUUACCUCACAUGAAUAGACUAGUCGAUCACGUUUUUAAUUACUUGUUCUCGAAUUCUGUCGUAAGGCUCAGUCAGUCGAGUACCAGAAAAACUGAAACCGCGUUACCCGAUUCGUUGGAAGAAUUUAGAGCGCAGUAUAAUAUCGAGUAUAUUGAAAACACCAAGAAAAAAGUCGAUUAUUUACCGUUCAAGUCAGAAAACGAUGUUGUUGUCACGGUUUUAACUUGCUUAAUUUAUAGUACUUUGUUCAGCCAACUCGAUAAAAACAGAUCAAUAAAUAUGAAUUAUUUGUACCAAAUUUUCAAGUUUUUCAAAGAUGAUCAUUUGAAUCUGGCGCUCUCAUUCGUUCGAUCGAAUAGAUUGAUUUCUAUGAAUAAAUACGGAGAUCGCCUGAAAAGUGCCAUGUUACCAAUCGGAAAAGGAACUUACCAUUUUUCAGCUACAUUUCAUGCGAUUGUAAAAUCUUUCUUCAACCCGAAGGUAUUCGGAAUGAUUUACGAGCGGUAUUUGAAAUUCCUACGAAAUCCGGAAUUGAACAAUUUCGAAGUUGAAACAACCGAUAUUGGAACGAAUAUGAUCCAGAUCGCGUAUAUAGUACAUGAUAAGAUUCAUUUCGAUAUCAGAAUUCCCGAAAACAUCAUGUAUUUCAACCCAUCUGCUGUUUCCGUAGUUGAUCCGACACUGGAGAAUAAACCGGUACUCGAUACGUUGGAAAAUCGUACUCAAAAAACAUUAUCGUUGAUACAAGAUACGUUUUUCAAAAAUAGCGAGAACGCUAAAGAAGGCGAUGUAUAUCUAAUCCAGGAUGUCGUUAUUGAAAAUGACGAUACGUUGGAUGAUCUGAACAAUUCUCAAUUGACGAGCUUCGGCGAUAAAAGUAACGAAGAUGUUUUGAGUGACAACGAUUCUGACGAUGACUUGGCUGUGAAACUUGACGAAGAACUAGAAAAAUAUCAUGGUAAACGUUCCAAAUUAUCGGUUUUCGUCACGAGAGCUCAGUUCAAGCAAAGUCACGCGAGAUUUUCAAACGCUUAUGAUCAUUAUUUGAUUAAUAAGUUUUCGAUAUUAUUCAAAUUGGAUUCAAAUCGUCCUUAUUUCGAAGUACUUGGUGAAAAUAUUAAUCGUAACUUUUUUGAAGAAAUCGAAAAAAAUUCCGCAUUUACCAAACACGAUUAUAAGUUGACUGAACUGACGAAUAUUGUCAAACGACUGUUACCAACUAUCCGCGAAAGAGAUUACGCUCUCCAUUUUCUUAAUUAUUUGCAAUCAAUCGGAGUAACGGGCGCUACUACUGAAAUGAUAACGAGUGAAUUUAAAGACUUCCAGUUGUUGAAAAAAGUCAGCGAUGCGUUGAUCAAAAAGAAAUUGAUCUUACGAGGUGGUAACGAAUGCAUGCGGUACAUUCACAUCGAUUACGUUCAUCACUGGGCAGUACCUUGUUGGAAAAAUAUGGAUGCGUUUGUCAGCGAAAAAAACUCAAAAGAGUCUACUCAAUCCGUCGUUAUUAAUCGAUUAAUAAACGAAAAAUUCGCUUCGAAUAAUGACACAAAUCAAGUGUGGUUAGCGAUUAGACCUUGGAUACAAAUUAAUGGCACUAUUAAUCAAUCUGGAUUGGAGAGUUUGCUUGUUCGAGUUUUAACUCAUGUCGCCAAGAAUCCGGGUGUUUCGUUGUUCGACUUGCAAUGUAAAUUUGAACCAGCUUUAUUGCCACAAUGGACUCGCGAACUUCUAGAAAUUUUAUUAGAGCUUAAAAUCGUUCGGUGGUAUUUAUAUAAGAUUCCGAAAUUUACUUUAUUUUCGAAACACAGUGGUUGCACGGUUUCAGAUUGUGUGACCGGUUUUGAAAGUGAAAAUGUAAUUUUUAUCGAACCCGAUGUCAACUGUUUGGCUAAAUUGUCCAUGAUUAUUUCGAAUAAAAAAUACGAAGAUUUGUUGGAUACGAAAUACGAUAUGAAUAGCGCUGUUGGCCAACCAAAUGAAGUCGAACAACAGAACGUACCUCAAAAUGGCGAUAAUAAAGAACUCGUAUAAUUUUGUGCUCCAAUGUUUACAUGGAAUAGUUGUCGGAAUGGUGAAAGUACAGAUGAGCAUAAUUGCCAGGUUUUCUGGGAUUGCAUAUCGUCGGUAUAGGUGACUUUAUACUUUCUACCGAGAUUACAUCCGUGCUCAUUGACAACAUCGACGUUGAAGCUGUUCGCGUUAUUUUGUUUAAUUAGUCAAACAAUCGAUAUGUAUAAAUAAUUUAUAUUUUUGUUAUCACAAUUUUUUUUUAUUUGCGAAUGAAAACGUUGUAUUUACUGACUGA